AUGUUUACCACCAUCCUCUCCUCCCUGCUCCUAAUAUCAAGUAUAAACCCGCUAACCUCUCCUUCUUGCUUUCCACCCAUAGGCAAGCCCAUAUCAAAACUCCCCGAAACGAUCUCAAUUGGAUCCCAAGAAAGCAUUGAGACGCUGUAUUCCACGAUUUCCAAGCAAGCCCGCUUCCCAGUAAAUCGGCUUAGGAUCACCAAAGGCAGUGACGGCAGUCUUCUGAAGAACGAUGCCGGCAUUACUGUUUCCAGUACUGGGGUUAGAAACCAGAGUGUUAUCUAUGUGAAAGACCUGGGACCGCAGAUUGGAUGGCGAACAGUCUUCAUUAUCGAAUACCUAGGCCCCCUCCUUAUUCAUCCAUUAGUCCUCUACGUACUCCGACCAUACCUAUACGGAGGCUCUAAACCACUACCCCCUCCUUCCGAUCUACAAGCCUUAACCUGCGCCCUGCUUACUCUCCACUUCAUCAAGCGCGAAUUGGAGACCAUUUUUGUCCACCGAUUCAGUGUUUCGACAAUGCCAUUCACCUAUGUUUUCCGGAACAGUGCUCAUUACUGGCUCCUGGGUGGUGUGAACCUCGCAUACUGGGUGUUCUCCCCUUCAUCGCCAACCGCCACCUCCAACCCGAAUCCUGCCCUCCUAUAUCCAGGCCUUGCACUAUUUGUAGUGGGUCAGCUGUCCAACCUGUCCGUUCAUAUCACACUGAGGAAUCUCAGGAAGCCGGGUAGCACGGAGCGCGUGAUACCUACUGGCUUUGGAUUUGACUGGGUGACGUGUCCGAACUAUCUGUUCGAGGUUAUGGCCUGGGUUGGGGUAUACCUUGUUAGUGGUCUGAACUGGAGUGUCCUACUCUUCCUCGCUGUCGGAGCCGGUACUAUGAUGAAAUGGGCUAGCCAGAAGGAACAGAGAUACCGCCGCGAGUUUGGCGACAAGUACAAGAGAAAACGCUUUGUCAUGUUUCCCGGGCUGUGGUAA